CAACACCUGCCUCGGUUUCUGUGCACGGCUCGUGCGGGACUGGAGUUGUAAACGAAGCGCGUGCGCCUUUCAGCACCAGUACCUCGUGGAUAGCAGCCAACGGAGCAGAGAGGAUUGUCGUUGUGGGUUAGCUUAUUGUAACAAACCGGCGACUUAGCGGUUUGCAACGCCGUACAGCCGCUGCGAUCGCGGGAAAACUUCAUUGGUAGUUCAGAGUCGGAGAGGGGAAGCUGUAAAGCGACACAGCUUGAGCUUUGUUUGCCCCUGCGGGCCUCUCGGUCGAAGGAGACACGUUUCUGCGGGGAGACAUACCGGUUUCGACUCGCUUGCGUCGAAUUUGCGCGGUCUGGAUUCAACUAACUGCGCCCCGGGAAGACUAAAUGGCUGCAUACGAAGGGAAACAAAGGUGAUAUAGAACAUUAUUCGUCCUAGCCGGUUCGGUCCAGAUAAAGGUCGCCCCGUGGUCCGGUUUUAGCUACAUUACAGCCUGCUCGCACCACUAGCCGCCGAGGUCUCCAUUGUGUGAGCAUCGCCGUGCUAUUCCACUGCCGCCCGCCCUUCGGAUCACUCUGUGCCGCCGCACACCUGCCGCCUCCUACAGCUACAACUACAACUGGGUUUUUUAACCUUCUUCUUUUUUUUUUUAAAUCCACGCAUCCAAAAAUGUGUUCUCGAGUCUGGUUCGUGACCGACCGGCGCAUCAGCCAGGAGUAUCCUCAAGUGCAGAUCCUCCGGGCACUGAAGGAGCACUGCGCCGACGAGGAUGUUGAAUUCCGCUCUCUUCUCAUGGACCAAAUCGUGUUAACGAUCAGCGAGGGACAAUUAGGUCUGCGAGUGGAGCAGGAAUUGGUGACAUCUUAUCCGCAGGUGGUGGUGGUGCGGGUGCCCACGCCCUGGGUGCAGUCAGAUAGUGACAUCACUGUGCUGCGCCACCUGGAGAAGAUGGGCUGUCGGCUGAUCAACCGUCCCCAGGCCAUACUUAACUGUGUCAACAAGUUCUGGACCUUUCAGGAGCUGGCCGGCCAUGGGGUGCCUCUCCCUGACACUUUCUCCUACGGAGGGCACGACAACUUCCGUAAGAUGAUUGACGAGGCAGAGCCAUUGGGCUACCCUGUGGUGGUGAAGAACGCACGUGGCCAUAGAGGCAAGGCCGUGUUCCUGGCACGGGACAAACACCACCUGACAGAUCUGUGCCACUUGAUCCGCCACGACACCCCCUACCUGUUUCAGGAGUAUGUCAAGGAGUCGCACGGCCGGGAUGUGCGGGUGGUCCUGGUGGGCGGCCGUGUCAUCGGCUCAAUGCUACGUUGCUCCACUGAUGGUCGCAUGCAGAGCAACUGCUCCCUGGGUGGCGUAGGUAUGAUGUGCCCACUGAGCGAGCAGGGCAAGCAGCUGGCCAUAGAGGUGUCUAACAUCCUUGGCAUGGAUGUGUGUGGCAUUGACCUCCUGCAGCUCAAUGAUGGCUCAUUUGUGGUCUGCGAGGCCAAUGCCAAUGUGGGCUUUAUUGCCUUCGACCAGGCCUGUGGCAUGGAUGUUGCAGGCAUCGUCGCUGACUACGCCUUGUCAAUGCUCCCCAGCCGCCUCACCCGCAAGAUGUCCCUGCUGUCCGUCGUGUCGAGUACCAGUGAGACCAGCAGCGAGCCGGAGGUUUGCCCUGUGCCUGCUGGCGGCGGCUCACUACCCGAGGCCGUCUGCAACAUGAGCGUUGGUUCUACUUCCAGCGAGAGUGACCCGGAGUUGGCUGAGCCCUCCCAGUCCUCACCCCGUCAGUCCACAGCCCCCACUCUGCCUGAUCUCCCUGACCUCCCCGAUCCAGCCUACAACUUCAACACCCUCCUUGCCAGUGAGAUCAAGUUAUUGACUGAGUGAGAUUCAAGCGGCUUCAUGCACACACACAAAUACAUAACACGCAUACCUGUACGCAUGGCAACUGACAUUCCUUUUCAAAACACAUAUCGAUCCAAAAACCAUUAAAACAUAGGAUGUUAAAUGCAAAAUCAAGAGCAGAGAAAAACCCCAAACACACUUGCAGACAAAAUUACGGACACAACCAUAGAAAUACAAACACCAAAACAAGAGCCAUCUCCUACUAACUCCCUGGAAAAAAACACCACAGAUCUGAGGCUGCUCCCCUGACUCUCUUCGCUUUGCCCCUCUACUCCCAGUCAGCAAACCCCACUAUCCAAACCUAGCUUACACUGCAGCGUGGUGGCGAGAGUGGGAUAUACUGCCAAUAAUGACCUCUCCUAGCCUUUUUGCAAAAUUGUGAUGGUGACAGAUCUUUUCCGGUGGGUAUGUGAUACCUAUAAAGGCAUCCACCGGCCAUAUUCUUAUCCUUAAAACACAAUAACAUUAUUUAAGGGAGAAUCUACAGUAUGUUGUCAUAAAAGGGGGGUUUCCUGCUGAGAUUGUAGUCAGGUUUGGUGGAUUGGAGGUGAAAUGAAGUGUUUGUUGUUGUUUGUUUUGUUUUUUUCAAAUGAUUAGCUCCUUCGGAGAGGAAUACAUUCUCAUGCUAGGUACAUUAUACUGUCAGUUCCAAUGUAGCAAUGUAGUGCACCUAUCAAGGACACAGAACAGAAUAGAGACCAUCCUGCAGCAACUGGAGAUGGAGGGACCUCAAGUCAAAUUUACUGCUAUUCCAAAUAACUGAAAUGAGAGGUGAAUUCACUACAUGACAAUAGUAUGCUGUAAAUCCAGCUAAAACAGAUUGUAUACAAAAUGUUUUUUUUAACCAGGUUACCGCGACACAACUCUCCUCUAAUUAAAAUCACAUUUUUUUUGAAUGAGUAAUAUUGAAAUGUCGCUGGAGCUGCUACAUUGACAGUGAAUAACAGGCUGACUUUGUGGUGUCACAGUGAUUUACCUUUCAUGCGUAAAUAAAAUAUUAUUAACCCAGAGUGCAUACACAUAGCACCAGAAAAUCAUCCUGGGUGCUAACACGGUGUCCAUAAUCAAUACUCUGUUCACUGUGAAUGAAGCAGGCUAAUGUAAAUGUACGCAAAACUGCAACCAAAACCUGUCCAAGGUAGUAUAAAUAACAAAAAGCAGUUUUGUUUAAGAGUCACAACCUGUAAUAUAAAAAUGAAUUGAGUGCCAUUACUUGAUUUUUAUUAAUUUUAUUUUACAUUCCUACAUAGCUUGUUUGAUUAAUCUUACCAGCAGCAGCAGUCUGCUGCUUUUUAAAAUCCAUUCAUUGUCUAGCACUUUAUAAUAAACAGACGCAUUUUUUUUUUCUCACUCACAUUUAAGAAACAUGAGACAGAGUGUGAAAGCUGCGUCUACAUCUGUGAACAAAAUAUACCUCAAAACAGUGACUUCUCAGUCACUGCCAUAGGAUGACAUAUUCAAACAUACAGUACAUAUCAGCCAGGAUCCUUGUGGUUUUCAAAUGGCCCCUGAUAUACCAGGUGUUCCUUCCCUUUAUGUCUACAAUCUAAAAAGAUAGUUGUGUGAGAUAAACAGAUAGUUGUGUAUUCUUUUUUUUUUCUUUUUUCUUUUUAGCUUUUUUGUAAAUAUUAAGGUAGUAAAUUAGCUUCCGUUCAUACUAGUAUCCAGCUGAUGAAACUAGAAACAGCUGAAAUAACUACCAACAUUGAAACCUUCAUAAGCUAUUGUGGACAACCAUAUUUGUACAGACCUGAAACACUGAAAGGUUGAAACUGAAAUUUGGUGCUAAUAUUUCUGGAUUUGGUUAGAUGUGAUUUCUCAGUCAUAUGAUUUGUAGAUUAUACUCUUAUUGUUUUCAACUUGUUUUUUGAUAAUAAAAAAAUAAAAAUGAAGUAUCCUAAUCCACAAACAUGUUGGCAUGAUGUACAAAUAAAAAAUGGAAACUAUAUUUUUGCAAUGUUACUUUUUCUUUCCUUAGAAAAGAAAGGAAAAAUAAAUCCAGGGAUUUCAGUGGCCAAGAGCUUAUUGCUUAAGGUUUUUGUUCCUGUUGAUUUACCUCCUGUGCACCUUCUGAAAUAACUAUCAACAUAAAGGUAGGGUAUGCUGGGGUAAAUGCCAUUCAUUAAGAAUAAUUUGCAGCUCUGAUCAAAAGCACAAAUAUAAAAACCUAGGUUGUUCCAUGUAGUGUCGAUGUUUUUAUGCUCAUAAACCGUUCUGUUGCACACAACUCAGGGAAGCAGCCUGGAUCUCACCCAUGACCCCCAAAGGCACAUCAUAUAUCCAUCCGAGACAUGUCAAAAACAUAAUACAUCCUACAGGCAGACAAAAAAAUACACAAACAACAUUGAAAAAAAGGUUGUAAACUACAGUAUAAAACAAAGCGGUGUAUACCAUGGUUAACAUGCACUUUUUUCCUUGCUUGUUUUUAUAUUGUUCCUUGUUUUCUUCCUAAUUUAUGGUAUUUUUAAAGACAAAGUGGUUUGUGUGCACUAAUAUUGUCUCAAUAAAGUGAAACCGCUGUGAAACUUGAUUUUUAUUUUCCUUUUUUGUGGGCCGAAUUUACUAACCGACUGGAAUUGAAUGGGCCUGCAUGAGGGUGCCAAAUCUAUACCUGCCAGACAACAGGAAAGGCGGCUUAUAUUUUAAGUCUGCUAUCAAGUGAUCACAGUGGCUCCACUAAGAGAAUAACACCAUUUACACUACUGUGAUGUUGUCCGGUAUCUAUAUAAUCAAAGUAUCUGACGAACAAACUGUGAAAUCCGCUGAUGUCCACGCUCCUGACGUGCAAGGGUCCGGUGGACUUUAUCGUCAAAAAGUCACAUCCCAGCCUAAAGGUGUAUGUGGGUGAUCUAUCUCCAGUUGUUACCCCCCACCCUUAUUUGUUUGAAGUCUUCGUCUGUAUUGAAGCCUGUGUCAUUCUACGUUGUAUACAUAAGUGUAAAUCAAAGAUCACAAAUCCUUUCAAGACAUUAAAAAGACAGCCAGAAGUUCCUUUCUCAGUCACAGUCCCUGUUCUUUAAAUCUGUAGUUUAUACGUCGUCCAUACGCAGACACCGCACAUCCAGCCAUUGAAAGGUUUUACUCUGCCCUGACAACUUCCAAAAUGCCUUUUUCAUUGUCAGUGGGAGCACUGAUUCGAGAAUCAUAGUUGAGUCAGGGUCUCAGUUCAGGUGGGUUUCUUUCUGCUUGGUCUUUAUAUAUCAGUGGACAUGACACAAUGGAUACAAGGCAUGGAAGCUACUGAAAGAAAUGGAUACUGCAUGCUAGUAACACAAGGAAGGAAGAAAAAAAAAUGUGCGUAAAUGAUGAAAGAUCAAACGUGUACUGGCCUAUGUGGUGCUUAGUCAGCCAGGAACAAACAUGUCGGGACCUCUGGACUAGUCACUGUGUACAACAACACAAGAGAGCACAGGGUUACUAUUUAAUUCCAAACUGCUGCUAAUGUAUAUUUGGCUCAAAAAUUAAAAAGGGAAUAUGUGGAAAGUGUUUUCUGUGUUUUGCUGCCUCUCAACAGAAAAAUGAAUCUGAAUGCCAAAAAAACAAACACUUUGUUGUAUAAUUCAGUACUGAUAACACUACUAGUGAGAUGAUUUUAAAAGUGAUUCUUUGUUUUGAUAUAAUGAAUAAAUGUUUCAGAAUUGUAUAAUAUGUGUAGGAUUUCACGGCAGUUGUCAGGUUCGUUUUAAAUCCACGUGUUUAAAAUGAACCUGAGGUUUGCUCAAAGGUUUACAAUACACUUUAGUUUGCAGGAGGAUAAUGCAAUGUUUAUGCUUCAGUGAAAUAAUUCAGCUGUCUGUUGAUGAUAUAUAAACAACAGAAAUCUUAUCUUUAAUUCUAUCUGCAUAUGGUGAAUUGAUGUAAAGAUGCUGGACUGCAAGGUAUGAAAUAAGCAAAACAUUGCAUAAAAAGGAUUUUGGCAAAUGCCCUCACCAUUAUUCUGUUUGGUAUCAUUCUGACAGUGUUACAAACUGGAAUCCCAAAACCAUGUAAUUCACAAAUGUGCAAAAUGAUGUAAAUAUAUAUCCCUCUUCUUUUUUUUUUAGAUUAAAAUAAAGAUGAGUCAUUCAAAACCAA